AUGCCCCCCUACCAUGAGCCACAGACUGAUUCCUCUCCCCUACGACUUCAACAUCAUUAUUAUUAUAUCAUUAUCUGGGCUCUACUAGCGUCGAUAAUCCUUUACAUUCCGGGAGGUCUAAGUUUUGUCGAUGCCUUAUUGCUCGCUUCUGGUGCCGCGACUCAAACCGGGCUUAACCCUAUAGACCUCAAAGAUCUGCAUAUAUCGCAACAAAUAACGCUAUGGCUGGUUCCCAUGGUCACAAAUCCUGUGUUUCUUCAUUCGUUACUGGUUUUAAUCAGGAUUUACUGGUUCCGGAAGCGCUUUAAGAGUGCCAUCCGUGAUGCGAAAGCAGUAUGCCACAGUCAACGCCAGCGGAUGAACCAGGCUCUUGACUUUGAGGCCCGACGACCGAUAGGCCUGAACAGAACUAUCACCGAUACCACAGAUACGACCACUACUGCGUUCGACUCUUCCGACAAGGACGACGAAGAGCAGCCCCUACUCGGAAGUACAGACGAGGAAAUCUCCCCUGGAGCAUCCCCCCCGACACACGCCGAGCCUCAGUCCCUCGUUGGUUACCAAACUUUUAAACCAGCUGCCAUAGGUCCCUCGAGCCCACGGAUCACCUUUUACGAAUCUGACAGGGAUUAUGAAGCCAGACAGAAGCGACGAUCUUCCUUUUCUCGCCGCCGCUCGUUUUCUGAGGCUGUCAAUGAAGGUUUCCCACGAACGGACAGCCCCAGCAUGCCUUUCUUGCCGUCGUUGAUGUGGCAGCAUUCGAUUGCGAGUUAUUCUGACUGGGAUGAGGAUCAGAAGGAGGAGCUAGGAGGGAUUGAAUAUAGGGCGCUGAAAACGUUGAUGGUUAUCUUGGUCUGCUACUUUCUGGCGUUUCACCUACUUGGCAUUGUACUGUUCAUUCCUUGGAUUAUGACGGACUCAAAAUAUGGGCAGAUGGUCAAAGACAUGGGCUUGAACCGGCCGUGGUGGGCGGUAUUUACCGCUGGGUCGGCAUUCCAUGAUCUAGGGUACACAUUGAGCCCCGACUCAAUGUCUUCAUUCCGGAACGCUGCAUUUCCACUGUUAGUGAUGACCUUUCUAGUGGUCAUCGGGAACACCGGCUUUCCGUGCAUGCUGCGCUUCAUCAUUUGGUUAUUAUCUAAAUUCACAAGAUACGGAUCUCCGUUAGACGACGAGUUGCAUUACCUUCUCGAGCAUCCGCGACGAUGCUUCACGAUGCUCUUCCCCGGACCAGAGACAUGGAGGUUAUCAGGUGUCCUCCUCCUAAUCAACGCUCUGGACCUGUUCAUUUUCUACACACUCCAAGAGAACCCACAAAGCAAUCCCUUCUCACCGGGCCUCCGUUUCGUAGACGGACUAUUCCAAAUCGCCUCCACCCGAACCGCCGGCUUCUCAAUCACCUCUCUGGGCAACCUGCACCCAGCAGUGCAAGUCUCCUUUGUAGUAAUGAUGUACAUCUCAGCCUUCCCCAUCGCAAUCGCCAUUCGAAAAACCAACGUCUACGAAGAGAAAAGCCUCGGCAUCUACGACGACGAAGACAAGCCCAACCCGCACGGCCUGGCCGCACAUAUUCAGCGGCAACUCGGGUUCGAUCUGUGGUACGUGAUGUUGGGCUUCUUCCUCAUCUCCGUCACCGAGGGCAAGCGCAUCCAACAAACCCAUGGCCGCGAUUUCGCGUUCUCUCUAUUCCCGCUUCUGUUCGAGAUCGUCUCCGCGUACGGAACUGUGGGGCUUUCGUUGGGAUACCCAAAGACAGAGACGAGUCUGAGUGCGCAGUUCAACCCGGUGUCGAAGCUGAUCAUUAUUGCUAUGCAGGUGCGUGGCAGACACCGUGGUUUGCCGCAUGCGCUGGAUCAUGCCAUACUCUUGCCGUGUGAUGUGCACCAGGAUCAGCAGGGCGAGUGGUGGUGGAAGCGCUGGUUAAAGCGGAAGAGCUCGAACAUUAGCAGUUUCUUUUCGCAUGGCGAUGCCGGUGAGGAUGUUGAGCGGUUUUCGGUAUCAAGCCAUCAUUAA